AUGCUCUUCCAGAAGGUCUUCCCUGUCGGAGUCAGGCAGAUCUCCAAUCCCGUCUGCAAAACUUUGGCGGUGCUCUCCCACGUGUGGUCCACAUUGCUGUGGCGCCAUUCCCAAAGCACUUCUGGCGCAAGAAAAGCGGGCCCACGCCAUCCGUGCCGUCGUGCAUCUGUAGAGUCCCAUGUAAGCCAACGAAAGGUGCACUUGGACAGCAAAGCUCAAGGUCUUGCUGCGCCUUCGUUGCGUUUUUUUUUCUCUGCAAAAGGAUUUGCGACUUCCGGGCGCCCCACGAAGCACAAUGCGCUGGCUUUCAAUGAUUCAACUGAGUCCAAAUAUGCAGUGGACAGGGCAUCCAAGGCAUCCAUGGUUUGGAAAUCUCAAGGGCCACCGUUGGUGGUGGGAGGUCAUUCUGUGCCCAUUUUGAGGUUCCAGAUUUUGCCGCCCUUUAGGAUGCAACAGGGCAUCCUCCCAAACAGGUUGGACGUUGAUUUUAGAGGAUCACCUAUUAGUGCUGCGGCAGGGAUGGCGGACCGCAAUAUGACAAGUGCUGCUGAGGCGCAAAACCCUUUACCCUUGGAAACUGGAAGGAUGCGUGCGUGGUCCUUGAGAAUUGAGUGUCCCAAGGAUGGAAGCGGAACCGCAAGGCGCAUGAGCGAUUCUGGUUUGAUGUCUCCGUCGGCACGAACGCCGAAGACACCAAAGACGCCAAAGACACCACUGGUUCGAGGCAAGCGCAUGACAUCGGCCGCGAAGUUAUGGCGCUGUGGCCCCAACUGCGGGCCACAGUGUUGCGGGGACAUCCCUGACUGCUUGCUCAUUGAGAAGGAGACCCCAGUGGAAACACGUGUGGAGCGCGUGCUCAGCAUUUGA